GGCCCACAUUUCCCGUUUAAAUACUGGUUUGGGUACAUGUCGUCCAAGUAACAAUCCGAGUCAUUUUAUCUAUCCCACUUAUUUUUUAAUCAUCUCAAUUGCUUUUAGCCUGCCCUAUGUUUGAACCCGACUCAGUUCCUUUUACCCAACCCCUAAUGCCUUCUCCUCGUUUCCCUUAUUCGAACAGACCCAGAUCCCUUACCGUCCAUAAGUGCUAUUGAAUUCCUACUGCUAUACUUUCCACUUUGUGGAACGGCCCUGUUGACUUCUGUGGUGGUUCGACGGUGACACCAAUCCUUCAGGGAGAAAAGCUGCCAUCCUGAAACUACAUAUGCAGCACGACAAUUGAUCAGAUUGCAUUCCGAUGGAGUUGAAUAGUUUAUAGUAGUUCACAAUUUGCAGUCAGUAAUAUUUCGAGAUUGUGAAGCAUUAAAGCAUUAUGUCGAAAAGGAAAUUUUUUUUAUAAGAAGAUCAAGGAAACUAUGAGAUAUUAACAGCAAAUAGGAAGAAGCAAAAAUCUUUAUGAAAUCCUUGAAUUUUAAAAGCACGAGGGGGAAGAGAAAACAGUGAGAAUGAUCUCUACCAAUUCGUUGUGAAUGAAAUGAGUGUUCCAGGAACAGACGUUUGCAAAGUAAUAACACAUUGAAGACUUUUAGAAUGAAGUUCAAUCGAAUCCAUAAUUUCUAAAGUAUAAUGAGUUCAAUGGUUAAAAUGUAAACUGAUCAAAUUAGAAUAGAGAUCCACCGUAGCAAGUUAGUGCAAUGAGUGUUACAACUUAGAAGUCAACACAAGUUUGGAAAAUGACAGCAUAUGGCAAAAAGAGAAACCAAAGCUAAAAUAAAACUCGUUUAUGAACCAAAAUUAUUGAUUAGCUUUGCCUUGGUUAAGAAAGCAAUGAUUUCAGAACAGAAACAAUAUUUUCCAAUCCUCUUCUUCAUUCAUCUCCUCUUUUGUUAUUCUUCAGGGAAUCUAAAUGCCGGUAUUCGGAAUUCCAUUGCUGGAGUUCCUACUUUGUGGAUCAACAGGCCGUCUCUUAGAGUUAGUUUCACCACUGACAUCCUGACACCUAUCCUGGAAGGAAAUGGCAACCCACGAUUCCUCUUCGGCUUCUCUUGCAAUUAUGAUGCCACAGAAUGCUUUCUUGGUGUUUCCUUAGUAUUCUACAACAGCUCCACCACUGGUAAUAUAGACGCCAAGCAGUUAGUUUGGUCUGCUAACAGAAACCAUCCAGUGAAAACCAAUGCAACCUUGCAACUCGGCCAAUAUGGAAACUUAGUCUUGGAAGACUCUGACGGCGCUCUUAUUUGGUCCACUAAUACUAAUGGCCAAUCUGUUUCAGGCUUAAACUUGACUGAAAUGGGGAAUCUCGUGCUCCUUGAUAAGACAAACCGCACAAUUUGGCAAUCCUUCGAUCAUCCAACGGACUCUUUGCUCCCUGGACAGAGUUUGGUUUCUGGACGGAAGCUUAUAGCAAGCGUUUCAGAAACUAAUCCGAGUCAAGGUUUGCUUGCUUUAACUAUUCUCAAUGGAAGCUGGGCCACUUACAUUGAUUCUGAUCCACCUCAGUUUUACUAUGUUUCAAGUUAUCCAGAUAGUACUUAUUUUAGUUUUGAUGGUCAAACACUUACUGCUUUACAAAACCCUCCUAGACCAGCAGCUCAGUUCAUAAAGCUUGGGUCUGAUGGACAUUUACGGGUAUACCAAUGGGGCAACCUUGAUUGGGAAGAGGAAUAUGAUGUUUUGACGGCAUAUUGGGGAAACUGUGGGUACCCAAUGGUGUGUGGAAGGUACAGCAUUUGUACAAAUGAUGGGCAAUGUAGUUGUCCAGCUGAAGGUAACUUCUUCGGUCCAUUUAAUGAUAGGAAACCAGAUAUCGGAUGUACAGAGAAGACGCCCAUUUCUUGUGACUCUUCGCAGUAUCAUAGUCUCAAAGAGUUCAAGAACACCACAUAUUUUGCAUUUCAGUUCAAUCAUGAACUAAGAUCAAGCAUAUUUUGGCUUGAGGGGAAAAAGUUGGAAGAUUGCCAAAAGGCCUGUCUGAGUAAUUGCUCCUGCAAAGCUGCUAUUUUCAGAUAUUAUCAGAAUGGCAAUCGAAGAGGGAGCUGUUUGUUGCUGAAUGAAGUCUUCUCCCUUGUAGACAACGAGUAUGAAGUAGACACUACAGUAUUUCUUAAGGUACAGAAUCCCUCAAAGUCACCUGUCAUUUCCCCAAGGAUAAUAGGAUCAACUUUUGCUGCUUUGCUAGGGAUAAUUUUGAUUCUCACAACUUACUAUGUUCUUUCUAAAAGGAGGAUAGGGUCCCGCAAGGUUGUAGAUUCUCUGGAUCUGGAACCACUCUUACCGGGAAUCCUAACUCGAUUCUCUUACAGUGACUUGAAAAUAAUUACAGAAGAUUUCUGCAGAAAGCUUGGGGAAGGAGGAUUUGGCUCUGUUUAUGAAGGAACAUUAAGUAGUGGCACCAAAGUAGCUGUGAAGCAUCUGCAUGGUCUAGGUCAAGUAAAGGAUUCAUUCUUAACAGAAGUAAAGACUAUCGGCGGCAUUCACCAUAUCAAUCUGGUAAAACUCAUUGGGUUUUGCACCGAAAAAAGCCACAGGCUUCUAAUCUAUGAGUACAUGGUAAAUGGAUCUUUGGAUAGGUGGAUUACACAUGAAGAUCAAGAAAAUGGACUUCCAUGGCAUACAAGACAAAGGAUAAUAUUAGAUAUUGCGAAAGGGUUAGCUUAUCUACAUGAGGAUUGCAGCCAAAAGAUAAUUCAUUUAGACAUCAAACCACAAAACAUCCUUCUAGACCAAAAUUUCAAUGCUAAGAUAUCUGAUUUUGGGUUGUCAAAACUUAUUGAAAAAGACAAAAGCAAAAUUGUGACUCGAAUGAGAGGAACACCCGGGUAUUUAGCCCCUGAAUGGUUGAGCUCAGUAAUCACUGAGAAAGUUGAUGUGUAUGCUUUUGGAAUUGUUCUCUUGGAAAUUCUCUGUGGACGAAAGAAUUUGGAUUGGUCCCAAACUGAUGAAGAAGAUUACCAUUUGCUAAGUGUUUUUAGGAGAAAAGCGGAACAAGAGAAGCUCAUAGAUAUGGUGGACAAAAAUGAGGAUAUGCAGCUCCACAGAGAGGCAGUGACAGAAAUGAUGAGCCUCGCUGUAUGGUGUCUACAAGGCGAUUUCACCAAGAGACCUUCCAUGUCAUUGGUUGUUAAGGCACUAGAAGGUUUGGUGACUGUUCAAACCAACUUAGAUUAUAAUUUCAGAAAUGUACCUAAGGCUGGGGCAGGAAAUCAACAGAGGGAAGCCACUAUCAGUUUAAAAUCUCCUUCAGUUUUAUCAGGACCAAGGUAAACAAUAAGCUUAUGAGUUUUUGUCUUUGAAAGAACCAAUUUAUGGUUGGAUAAUGUUAAAUAUUGUUACAUUUCCAAUUCUAGCACAACCUUUUGUGGUUCAUGAGAUUAGAAUUCAUGAAAUGUAAUGUUUUGUGACUUCUGCAUUAGUUUUUUGAGCCUCAAGUUACAACCAUGUAGAGGCUCCUCGAAUCACAUAUGCGGUAAGUAUAAUAUUAUGGAGGUGGAU